AUGGCGACAAUUGGAUUGGGUGAUGUAAUGCCUUCAAAUCUUGAACAUAAUCCAAUGAUUGCUAUAAUAUUUCCUAUUGGUUUAACACUUUUAUCAAUUGUUAACAGUAAUGGAUAUAAACAAUUAGAACAUUGCCUAAUUAAUGCAACAAUUAAUUUGGAAUCGUUUUUUGAACGAUUAUUGCAUCGAUCACGGGGACAUAUGGUAUUUCAAUGGUUAGCACCAAAUAUUGAGUUACUAACUAUUGCAUUACCAAUUUUUAAUGAUGAUAUGAUAUUUCGUGAUGAGAUUUUGCAAUCAACGAUAGAUAACUAUGAAGUGAAUGAUGAUCGUAAUAUGAAAGCACACGAGGCCACUUUGGGGAUUUUUUCGUCGGCUUGUUCUAAUGAUAAUUACAAUGAAAAUAUGCGAAUAAAAUGUGGUAUGAGAAUGUUACCAGAUAUUGAUAAGACAUGUGAUUUGAAUCAUACAACUGGAAAGAAAUUAAUACAACGAACAUUUACAUAUACUCCGAAGAUACAAAGUGUCAAACGUAUUCGAACAGUAAGUGGUACAUGA